AUGCCUUUAGCUGUGGAGGGCAACUUUUGUGAACCCGAACCUGCCGCGGCAAUGUCGGAAACACCGGGCAAGAAGCGCAAGCGGAAUGCCGAAACGAAUCCGUUCCUAAACUUUGCCGACCAAACGUUCAGCAUUUCGUCGUCGACGCCGAUCCGGAACCGCCAGAUCGAUGGGAGCGCGUUCGAGAACCCGUCGUUCCGGGGAUGCAACAAAGAAAAUUACAACAUAUUUUCCGACUCUUGCAUGGAAGUCAAAUCGAUCGCCGAUUUGGCCGCAUCCUCAGCUGGCAACCGACCGUCGGUGGUCAGCGUCGGCACUGACGCGAAUCCGUUCGAGGUGAUCCGGAAGCCACCGAAGAAGAAAAAGAAACACCAUGAAGCGGCCGGGCUGGAGGAGAGUUGUUUCGAGAAUCCGUGCCUUAAUUUGGCCGCAGCCGACAAGAAACCGCUGAAUCCGUUCGAGGUGGUGCGCGAUGGGGAAGAGUGUAAACGCAAGGAGGCCGAGGACAUGAGCCGUUGCUUCGUGAACAGCGCCCUCAGCAUCCGUGAUCGACCGGAGACCGGUGAACGGCUCAAUCCGUUCGAAAUAGUUCGUGCCAGGCAGGCAGAAGCGAAGGAUACCGCCACCGGACCACAGGCACAGGAGUUGGCGGGAAUCGAGAAUCCGGCACUCGAGCUUCCUACGUACGCGAUCGCAGUUCCGUUCACACCGUCGUUAAAGCAUCGUAUCAACUUCCACGAGCUGCCACCGGGUGCUCUGACACCGUGCCAGCUGCUGGCGAACAUGGUGGUUUGUAGCCCCGUUCCGGGCCACCAGUCGGCAACGGAUGUGCCGGAGGAACGGGACACUCCGAGGCGGAAUGCAACGGUCACGCUGGUCAAACGGCGUUCACUGUCGGUCAUCAACGAGGAGUCGGAUAUUGGGGAAAAGCUGGACUGUUACCAGCUGGAACUUGAGAACAGCAUGAAUGAGGCGAGGGUUCGGAAGGAACUUGCGAGCGAGGCAACCCCUGGAGCGUACAGCGGAACCGCACCUAGACGGCGUUCGGUUCGCCGCAGUCUUAUGGACGUAAAGCACAUAAGCAACCUAUCGCAGAAACUGCGUGAGCUGGCGGACUGCGACGAGAGCGAUGUGACGAGCUUGGAACCGGACACGGAGGACGAGGACAAGGAGAACAAACAACCGGCGGAAGAAAAAGAGGAGCACAAGAAGGCUGUCGAAAAGGAACAAGUUCCGACGAUGGCGGUCGUUCCGGAAGAGAAGACUGAACAAGCAACGAACCAAACUGACGCUACCAAUGCGCUGGAGAGGAAGGAGGAAAACCAAAUCACUUUCACCAUCACCAAAGAAACGAUCGUACGGGAGGAGAUCCGUAUCGACGUCUCGAAUCCGGACGUGCAGUUCGAGGAGGUGGACGACUUCGAAGACGAAGAACAGGACGUGGAACUGUUGAACAAUCCGGCCCCGUUCCAGCGGGCCUAUCGCAAGAAGGAACCAGCGCCGGUCUGCGACGAGUUCAAGUGUCCGGCAAACAUCCCUGAUGGCCGGGAAGGUGGCACUGGAAAAUCGCACAAGGUGCGCGACGUAAUCCGUCGUAGUUUUCGCCGGUUGAUCCCACGGCACCAGUCGGUGUCGAUACCGCCGGAAGGCCACGAGAAAGCGAAGGAAACGGAAGCAAAACAAUCUGGCGCCGAAGAGGCUCACGGACACGGAUUGAUUUCAAGCAUCCGCCACAGUCUUCGUCGUCGCCACCCGAAGGCAGCACCCGCGGCGGAAUCCGAAGGCGACCGUAAGUCGUCGGAAGCGGAAGCAGCCGUCGACUCUGCGCUGGAGAUGUCCAUCAUUGCCGAGCAACCACGGGCCGUGUUUCGCCAACCGUCGCUGGAGCAGUACACCCCGAUUGCGGCGGCCCCGUCCGGAGGGGCCACACUGCGAAGCAGCUUCCGCCGUUCGACCAAAGACAUCGGCAAGCAGAUGAUGAAGUCGGUCUUCCGCAAACAGACCGCUUCUGGCGAUCUGGCGACGGAGAAUGGCCAACGCGUUGGACCGUUGGUCUGA